GCGGCGAAGGGCUCUGGCCUUGCUGGUAGAGAGGCUGCCCGGGCCCGCGACGGAUCCCCGGACGCAGCAGGAAGCCCAGCCCUCCCCGCAACAGCCGCAUCCCGGCUCCCGUCCGCCGCAGAGAGGAGAACCCCGGAGUGCCUGCUAAAUUCAGAAGAGCAUGGAAGAGAGUCUUCAAACUUGACCUUCUGUUCUUUGGGCAACCAUGUUGAAACGAGCUCUUAAAUCCGGACUGGUUCCUGGAUCUGCUUCUUCCCGGGAUCCCUGCCGGGGAGAUCCAUGUCCGGAUCCCCCUUUGAGCGCAGGGCAGCGGAUUCUCCACAGGUUCCUCCAGAGGGAUGUUUUAUUUAGCAGUGCUUUGUUAAUCAGGCUGGGCCUGACGCUUUACGGGACCUACCAAGACAGAACAAUGCUGGUGAAAUACACAGACAUCGAUUACCAGGUUUUCACCGAUGCCUCCAGAUACGUCACGGAAGGAAAGUCCCCAUACCAGCGGGCCACGUACCGCUACACUCCCCUCCUGGCCUGGCUGCUAACCCCCAACAUUUAUGUCAACGACUUGUUUGGCAAGAUCCUUUUUGUGGCCGGGGAUCUGGUGGCUGCCUUCCUGAUCGACCAGAUCUUGCUCCUCCGAGGGCUGGAAAGCCGGACGGCUUGCGCGUGUGCCGCCUUCUGGCUAUUCAACCCGCUUCCCAUGACAGUCUCCAGCCGAGGCAAUGCCGAGUCUCUCGUUGCCAGCCUGGUCCUUGGGACCCUCUAUUACCUGGCCAAGAGGCGCCUAGUGAAGGCGGCUGUGCUUUAUGGUCUUGCCGUACAUAUGAAGAUCUACCCCGUGACUUACGCGUUGCCUUUUGUUCUCCAUUUGCAAAGCAACACAGGAGCAGAACUGGACAAACAGAAAGGGAAGGUCGCUUGCACUGGCCGCAGCCGCGGGCUAUCCUGGAGCUGGUUCACGCGGGACGUCCUGAUUUUUGCCACCGUUUCCGGGGGCACCUUUGCCACCCUGGGUCUUGCUUUCUAUGUCUACUAUGGCUGGGAAUUCCUGCAGCACACCUACCUCUACCAUUUGCUCCGGAGGGACACUCGCCACAACUUCUCGCCCUACUUCUACCUGCUGUAUUUGACAGCCGAAAGCCGCUGGAGUUUGGCGCUUGGGCUGGCCGCCUUCCUGCCCCAGCUGCUGCUACUUCUCGCCAUCUCCUUCGUCUACCACCGAGACCUGGCUUUCUGCUGUUUCUUGCACACGGCGGUUUUUGUGAGCUUUAACAAAGUCUGCACCUCCCAGUAUUUCUUGUGGUACCUGUCCCUUCUUCCCCUGGCCAUGCCUUUCCUGCAGAUGUCCUUGGGGCGGGGGGCAGUGUUGCUAGCGCUGUGGCUCCUGGGGCAGGGUCUCUGGCUGCUCCCCGCAUAUUUCCUGGAGUUUCAAGGGCAGAAUACAUUUCUGCUCCUCUGUCUGGCGGGUUUGGGGUUCCUCUCCAUCAACUGCGUGAUCCUCGUUCAGAUGAUUUCUCACUACCGUCCAGAACGGGACUGCAGAAAAAUGAAGCGGCUGUAAGUCAGCUUGCUUCUUCAGGCUACGAAGUCACGUGGGAUCUGAUCGGCAUCAGGUCGAACGAAUCAUCAUCAUUUAACGACUCCAUUAUCUCUUGCAGGGUGGAGUCUGGGCAACUGAAUGGAGCUAGCAGAACGUUUGGAGCAGUGGUGAAAUCCAAUUUUUUUUAACUACUGGUUCUGUGGGCAUGGCUUGGGCGUGGUGUGGCUUGGUGGGCGUGGCUUGGUGGCGUGGCAGGGGAAGGAUACUGCAAAAUUCCCAUUCCCUCCCCACUCGUGGGGUCAGGCAGAGGUGGUAUUUGCCGGUUCUUCGAACUACUCAAAAUUUCCGCUACCGGUUCUCCAGAACCUGUCAGAACCUGCUGGAUUUCAUUCCUGGUUUGAUGGCCAGAUGCCCUUCCUGUUGCCAAUGCGGAGUUUUCCCCCCCGCAGAUACAUUCUCAUUGUGCUCAGAGAGAGAAAUAUCUGCCUCUUAUCUAGGAUCAAACUCACAGCUUUCUGAUUGUGAGGCGAGAGCUCCACCUCUAGCCCACCGUACCACUCACCAGGAUAAACAAACAAAUGCAAGAAAUAAAGUUGAAAAGCGGUAAGGGAUAAAUCGAAUUUGAGGAAGGGCAGAGACAUUAUUCCGCCAUGGCAAAUGGAUCAGUUCUCUCCAACAAAUAAAUUCGAUUCAACAUUUGAUUCAUGGAAUGGAAUGUUUCUAAGGCUUUGGGGUUUUUUAGAUACUUUUUUUUUCACAAUCUCCGUCCGCUCUGAAUAUAUACCCUGUAUGGAUAUAAGGAAAACAACAGGUAUUACGUUAACAAGGCUGUAUUGAACUGAAAUAGAUUGCUGGGAUUUUAUUUGGAUUUGGCUGAAGCUUACAGUUGCAAAUAAAUGUUUUAAAUAGAAAUUCUUGCAUGAUAAUGGUCUUUUAAGAUUCAGGGUUAUGUUUUA